CCGAGAUCAGACUGUACAGCACAGCUACCACUGGGAACUAGAAAGAGAUACACAGCUAAAGUGUGUAUUUCACGUGUAUUUUAUUACUCCAUUACAUUGUGAGCAUGAAAGGAUACACCUGUGUUUUGUCUCUGGUGAUAUUCACAAUCAAAGGAGAGAUCAUACCAGAGUAUUUAGAAGCCAUUCAACAGGGACAGUUCAUGCUUGACAAGAGAAACAGCAGCCCGCUUUGGCAGAAUAGUACAACCCCAGAGACCCAUAAUGUCUUGAUGAGGGUCUUUCCCAAGCCAUAUAAUGGCAUGAUCAGAAGAAAGAGGGAUUGGUUGAUUCCCCCUGUCAGCAUUCCAGAAAAUGACAAAGGCCCAUUCCCAAAGGAAGUGGUGAAGAUGAAGUCCACCGCUGCUGAUUCCAUGAAAAUGAUUUAUAAAAUCACAGGUGCUGGAGCUGACCAGCCUCCCGAGGGCCUUUUCAAAGUGCACAAAUAUUCAGGCAUGUUGUGGGUCACCAAAUCUCUGGACAGAGAGGAAACUGAAGAAUAUGUUCUCACAACUCAUGCAUCAGCAGAGGAUCAAGACUUCAUUGAAACCCCUGUCGAACUCACCAUAGAAGUUAUUGACCAAAAUGACAACAAACCCUUCUGUACCCAAAAUCCUUUUAUGGGAGAGGUCCUAGAAAGGGCAAAACAAAAUGUGUCUAUCGUACAAGUGACGGCAGAGGACCUGGAUGACCCCAAAACCUUUAACGCCAUGGUGCGUUACAAACUGGUGAGACAGGAACCCUACGGUGGGGUGUUCCACAUUGACCCAACCAAUGGAGUCAUCAGUCUGGCCUCUAUGGGCAUUUUGGACAGAGAGACUCAUACAAUGUAUACGCUGGCUGUAGAGGCAGCUGAUAUGGAUGGUCAUGGUCAUUCUUCGACCUGUAUGGUCAACAUCAAAGUCACUGAUAGCAAUGAUCAUGCACCUAAGUUCAGCAAAAGAACGUAUGCAAGCACAGUACAAGAAAAUAAGGCUGAGGAAAUUGUUGCAAGGUUAGACGUUACAGAUAGAGAUGAGCCUUUAACUGCAAACUCAGUGGCGAAGUUCACCAUCAUCCAGGGCAACGAGGAAGGGUUCUUCAACAUCAGCACCGGCCCCAGCAGAAUGGAGGGAAUCAUCACAACAUCAAAAGGUCUGGACUUUGAGCAGGCCAACAAUUUCUCUCUGCUGGUAGUGGUAGAGAACGAGGUUCCUUUUGCUGUUCCUUUGUCCACCUCCACUGCUACUGUCACCAUCACGGUGCAGGAUGUAAAUGAGCCACCUAUCUUGGAGCCUGCAGAGAAACAGAUCAUAGUUCAUGAGGACGUUGAUGUGGGCAGCACCAUCCAAAAGUACACAGCCAAAGACCCAGACACUGCUAGAGAGCAGAAAAUAAGAUAUAAGUUGCUGCACGAUUUUGCAAACUGGCUGGAGAUCACCGAAGACACUGGACUCAUCAGUGUCAGGAGCUCACUAGACAGAGAGGCCUUGUUCAUAAGAGAUGAACAGUACACAGUCUUAGUAGUUGCAUAUGACAAUGACACUGAGCCUGCCACAGGAACAAGCACAUUAGUGAUUAAGCUGUUGGAUGUUAAUGACAACGCUCCAGUGCUGGAGCAGAGCAGAGUCCAGAUAUGUUCUACAGAACCAAAGCCCAUUUGUUUGACCAUCACAGAUCCAGAUGGGCCAGAAAACGGCCCACCAUUCAUCACAGAGCUACAUAAAGAAUAUCAAAGCAACUGGACCAUCAUCAGCAACUCCAGCUGUGCGGUGUGGUUGAAACCACUCAGACGUUUGGCUCUUGGUGAAUACAGCCUGCUGUUGCGUGUGUAUGACUCUAAGAUGUUGUUUCAGGACAGUUCUAUCAUAGUGGAGGUGUGUGACUGUAAAGGUGAUGACAAUACCUGCUCCAGCGGUGUAUAUGCUCCUAACAUCUCCACCCUGCCCAUCUAUGUUUCAGCAGCUAUCUUAUGCUUUCUUGCGCUGCUGCUGCUGCUGUUUCUUCACCUGAAGAGAAAGUGUGAGAGAAAAUGGGAACAGUUCAGCCAGAAAGAAGAAGACAGGGACAAUAUUUUUUGUUACAAUGAGGAGGGAUGCGGCGAACAGGACCAGGUCUAUGAUAUGAUGCUGUUGUGCAGGGGACCAGAGAUUUCCUCUACAGAUAUUGCCCCGACAGCCUUACGUACGGUCUUCUAUUGGCAACAUCAAGAAGAGAAAGAAGAUAUUGGAAACUUCAUUCAUGAAAAUCUGUGCACAGCAGAUGAUGACCACUGUGUGGUGCCGUAUGACUCCAUGUUGGUGUUUGCUCAUGAGGGUGAGGGGUCUGAAGCUGGAUCUCUCAGCUCUCUGCAGUCGUCUAUCAGCGAUGGAGAUCUGGACUUCCAGGAUUUGCAGAAUUGGGGGCCUAAGUUCAGGAGACUGGCUGACAUGUAUGCUGUAGGAGAAGAUGAAUGAUAUGUCCUCAUAUAGGAGAGUGUGAUGUGAAAUCUGUUACCAAAUAUGCUGUAAUGCGUUAAUACAUUCUGUCAGAAAAAUGUGCAAAAAUGAUAGCUAUAGCUUGUCACUGGGGCAAGAGGUACACCUUUGUACCUGUGACGAGUAUCCCGAGGGCACUUCUGCGUCACCCUGUAUUUAGGCUGCAUCCGAAAACCUAAGCAGCUGACUUAUGGCCUCACUGUUCUAUCAAGCAAUGACUUUCCAGGCAGCGUUUGCACACGAAGGCACCUCACGAAACUGAUUUCGGACUGACUUCUGAGCAAGCGUAAUGGUUUAAUGAUCUACAGCAAAAUAGUAAUUUCUCGCUAGAAAUGACAUCAGAAGUGGAAAGCAAUGGUAAAAAAUGUACAUGCACACACAAACUGACCACCAAAUGCAACUUUCAGAUGCUAUCUUUUAGCUCAAAUGUCACAGAAUGGAAAGCACAGGAUUGUGGGAUAUCAGGCAGCAAAGGAUGCAUUUAUGCUGCCUUCAAAAAUCAAUUAGAUGAAAUUAGAAUUAGAUGAAAAUCAAUUAAAUCACAUGAGACAGGAAGUGAAGCUAACUUUGGAUUCAGACGUGCCUUGAUGCCUUCCUUGGAAUGUGUCCUUCGGAUGCAGCAUUUUUAAGUUUUCGGAUGCAGCCUACUUCUCAUCAUUCAAUCAGCAGCUGGGAGCAUGUGCUGAUCGGCCACACCUGAGCCUCAUUAGGGUGACUGCAUUUAAGUAGAGCAGCCCUGUGUCAGAAAUCGCCCUCAAUAUCCUUAAAUAGGGCACUAUUUGAGGGAACAGCCAUUUUUAGGGGUGUCUGAAUCCUUAGAGGACAUUAUAGAUUGCACUCAUUCAAUCCCACAAUGCACCGCAAUAAAGAGUGUACAACUGAUGUACGCUCAAUGGCUAGGAAAUACCCAUAAUGCACUGUGAGAGAUGCGCCGAAUGAAUUUCCCACGUCUUGCCAGAAGAUGGUGUUCUCUUUAUCUCUGCUUCCCCCAGAUUUGAGCGAGGACUGACCGAUUUGCGCUGCCCUCCUAACACUGAAAAGCCACAGACUCUCACUUCACCUUCAUCACUUCGUCAACCCUAUUUAGAGUAUCUUUCUGUUCAAUAAACUGCCCUCCAGAGAUUUCUGCACUAUGAAUCAGUUUUGUCUCUGUUCUUAUUCAACCCGCAACAUACCUUAUCUACCCUAAAAGUACUCUUAAGGUACCCUUAAAGCUGCAGUCCGUAAGUUUUGCCUCUUUGUCGCCAUCUCUGUUUGAAACCUGCAAUUGCUGUUAUUUGCGGAAUUAUCAUCUUUACGUGGGUUGUGCUUCAGCACGGCUCCUUAGCACUUAUGAAUCCAAUGAUUUGAGGUGUAUGUGUGGAUACUGUUCUUCAGAAUCACAUAUUCUACAACUUGGAAGUAUGACCAAAAUAAUAAUUUUCACUGGAAAAUGUAGUCUGAACAAGUAAGUAACAUGUCUGCCACUUUUGUUCUGACCAACAGAAAAAAAAAGCAUUACAAUAAAUCACACUACCAAUAGUGAUUAAAUCUAGCGAUCGCUUAGCGCAUAUCACAUCAAACCAUGCAAAUUAUUAUUAUUAUUAUACUUUGUUCUAAAAUUUUUAAUGCUAACAACAUCAGCAUUAUGUGACUGUGUAUCAGCGUUACCUGUAGAUUUCAAUUUCUGUAGCCACUCCGCAGUCCGAAGUCUUUUGCUUUUUGACUAUGGGUUAAUCUCCAGUUGACACUGAUGAUUGGCAUUUGAACAUUUAUGGAUUACAAUACGCCAUCAAAAUGAUAAAUUUAAUUAUUCCAGCUACUGUGAGAUAAGGCUAUAAAUGAUCUGCCACCUGCAGCAUCCUCACAUAUAGCCUACUAGCUGUGAUUCCUUUAUAUAAACAGACGUGACAUAAUGACACAAACACGAACGGCGACAAGCUCGUAUUUCCUGCAGAAACCCACCAGUACCGCGCUUAUUAGAAAACAUUACUACAAACUUACCAUUGUGAAUCAGGCUAAGGUAAAUAGAUAGUUUUGAACACUGGCUGGUUAUUUACUUAUUUACUUUACUUUAAAUUCAAAAAUGUAAAAUUGAUUUUGGAUCAUUUUUAACCAAAAAAAAGUUACAGACUGCAGCUUUGCCACAGUGAUGAGCUGUUGUACCCCUAAAGAGACUAUUUUUGUGCAGUGUUUCUGACAAUAUAGAUUUCAGAAAGAAUAAUCUAAAACCUGGGGGUGGUGAUGCAAGUAUCUUGUUUUCUGUUUGUUUUCCAUUCCUUACUGUAGUUUAGGAUGUAGUUUUAUCAGAAAAAUGUUUGCAGACAUUUUAAAUGUAUGUUAUGCAAAUGAAGUUGUGACUAAAUGUACAUAAGACAAGCACCUGCAUUUGUUGUUCAAUGAAGAUUUUACUUUUGUUUAA